AUGGGACUGGUGCGGUGCCUGACGACUGUCUUCCUCCUCCUCCUCCUCCUCCUGGGUUUGAGCACUAGUCAACGGGUGGUGACUGUUCAGGAGGGACCCCUCUACCGUGUGACGGGGUCCCACAUCACGCUGUGGUGCAAGGUGAGCGGCUACCAGGGCCCAGCGGAGCAGAACUUCUUUCAGUGGUCCAUCUACCUGCCCUCUGCCCCCGAGCGGGAGGUGCAGAUCAUCAGCACCGUCGACCCCUCCUUCCCCUACGCCAUCUACGCCCAGCGCGUGCGCAGCCGGGGGAUCUACAUGGAGCGGGUGCAGGGGGACGCCGUCCUGCUGCACAUCACCGAGCUGCAGGACCGGGAUGCUGGGGAGUACGAGUGCCACACGCCCAACACCGACGAGAGGUACUUUGGGAGUUACAGCACCAAGACAAACCUUUCAGUGAUUGCAGACACCCUCUCGGCUUCCAUGGCACCCCAGGUCCUCACCUGCACAGAAGGAGACAUGGUGGAGCUCACCUGCGAGGUGUCCAAGUCCACAAUCCAGCACACACAUCUCUCUGUUGGCUGGUAUCAUCUUCAGGGACCAGGAGAGCACCAUGGCAAGGAGGUCCUCACCCUCUCCAAGGACUUCGUCUUGAGGCCAGGGUCCUCUUACACACAGAGGUUUCUGGCAGGGGUUGUGCAGCUGAACAAGAUCGGGAACACCACGUACAAGCUGUGUAUCAGGGGAGCAGAGCUGUCUGACUGGGGGCAGCUGUACUGCAAGGCGGCCGAGUGGAUUGAGGAUCCUGAUAAGACAUGGAAGGACAUCUCCCACAAGCAAACAGGGAGGAUGUCGUUGUCGGUCUUGAGCUGGGCCACUCUCCAGCCAGGCCGAUGCCAGGAACAAGGGGGCAUUAACGGCAGAGGCUUUGAAUGCCAUCUCAAGACCCUCCCAGUGGUCCUCUGUGAAAUUCUCAAACUCAAGUCCUUCCCAUGGAGCUGCAGCUUCCCACGAACCGCCCCAGCAUGGGUCCCUUCCGUGGGCUGCCACGCUCCCAGCAAUGGGCUGAUCUAG